AUGGUCUCGGAAUCUAGCGGCAGGCGCGGCGAGUCAUCGAUUUUGCGGGAUGACGAGGGGCUGAGGAUAGGAGGUCCUGGAUCGGAUUCGAAUUCUUGUGAAGAAGAGGAAAUUGCGGACGUGAGUCCGAAUUCUGACGGUGGGGCUGUGGUGACCGAUGAUGUGAGCCUCCCGCUCUGCUGGGACUGCCUACCCGUCGAUGAAGACAGGAGGGAUCCCAAUGAAGAAUUUGAGUGGGAAGAGAUUGAUGGACGGGUCGUCGAGAGGGAUAAUUCAAACGCAGAUCUGGAGUUCGACGCAGAGGAGCAGGAUGAAUCGGUCCAGAACAUCGAGUGGGAAGUCCUCUUGGCUAUGAACACCCUGGAAAGGAAUGCUUCUGUUGAGCACGAAGAUCAGGAUGGCUUUGUUUAUACUUCAGAGUAUGAGGUCUUGUUUGGGCAGUUUGCUGAGAAUUCCAACAUCAAAGGAACCCCUCCCGCUGCCAAAUCUGUGAUUGAGCAACUUCCAUCAAUUGUUCUGACCCAAGUGGAUAUCACCAAAAAUAAUACUCUCUGUGCAGUCUGUAAAGAGGAGAUGUCCUUGGAUGAGGAAGCAAAGGAGUUACCUUGUUCGCACCAUUACCAUGAAGAGUGCAUCCUACACUGGCUGAGGAUACGAAACACAUGCCCUGUUUGCCGGCAUGAAUUGCCGACCGAUGACCCGGAUUAUGAGAAGCAACGAGCUCGGAGAACAUUAAAUGGUGGGGUUCUCACUCAGUGA